AUGCGGGACGGGGUGUUUAAAGGUAUUAGCCAGGCUGGUCAGCAGAAUAUCAAUGUCAUUAUUAUGCUACUAGAUGAACUUGUGCCUCUAAGUAACGAAUUCAAUGUUCAGAUUGUACGUCAUCUUAAACAUUUGGUGGGAAUUUUUGUGAAUAUUCUUUCUGAUCCAUUUACUGGUGUACUACCAAGGCUGGUCGAGUCAACAUGUGAAGCAUUAGUUGCCGUCAUGAACAAUGGGUGGCCCAGAGUCGAGGGUUAUAAGUAUGACAUACUCCGUGGGGUGAUCAAUUCAUGGCAGUCUCAAUCAAAUGAAACUGGACAGAAAAACACCAAAGUUUUACGAUCACUACAGAACGUCAUCGUGAAGUUGGAGAAUAUCUUUGGUAAAGAUAACCUUUUGGAAGACUAUACCGCCCUAAUUGGCUACGAUAAUCGCCUAACAGAACUUUUCGAUUUUUAA